UCACAGCUUGUUUGUACGGUGUUCCAACCGAGCCACUCUUUCUAUUCGUCAUUCUUUUCGUGAACUUCACUGUGUGAAGCUGGACAUUCCUUUUUUUUUUCUUUUUGCCAACAUUGAAACUAUCUUCCACCAAAGUCCCUCCUUUACCCCUUCUCAAGACUUAUAAACAACAAUCAUCACAAUGGUGUCCAAGUUUCAAUCUACGGCCAUCCUCCUGGGUGCUCUGGCCGGCACUGCUCUGGGUCACGGUCACGUCACGGGUAUUGUGGCCGACGGCGUUUACUAUGGCGGCUUCUCGCUUGACUACUACUACGAGAAGGAGAACACAGGCACCUUUACCGAGUCUGUCGGUUGGUGGGCUGAGGAUCUCGACAAUGGAUACAUUGCCCCCAGCGCCUACAACACUUCCGACAUCAUCUGCCACCUGGACGGCCAGCCUGCCAACCUGACUGCCACCGUCAAGGCUGGUGGUACUGUCGAGUUCCAGUGGACGGCUUGGCCUCAUCCUGGUCCCGUCCUCACCUACGUGGCCCUGUGCCCUGGUGACUGCACCGACCCUACAAUGGACAAGACUGCUCUCGAGUGGGUCAAGAUCGACGAGGGUGGCUUCGAUGUGCCCUCGCAGACCUGGGCGUCCUACGAUCUUAUCGCCAACAACAACUCGUGGACCUCGACCGUGCCCUCGGACCUGGCUGCGGGCAACUACGUCUUCAGACAUGAGAUUAUUGCUGUCCACGGUUCAGAGAGUCUGAAUGGUGCUCAGAACUACCCUCAGUGUGUCAACAUUCAGGUCACCGGCAGCGGCACCACAAGCCCAUCGGGCACUCUGGGUACGGAGCUCUACCACGAGACCGACCCUGGCAUCUACUUCAACCCUUACACCACGCUGUUGAACUACACAAUCCCGGGUCCCGCUCUGAUGGAGGGUGGAACCAACCAGACCGUGACUGCGACCACAGGUGCCGCCGCCGCCACAUCCGCCGCGUCCAGUGCUGCGUCGACCAGCGCUGCUGCCGCCGUGACCACCUCGGCGGCUGCGACUUCGUCUUCUGCUGCUGCUGCCGCUGCCACAACGAGCUCAGCAGCCGCCGUGGCCGCCACCACGUCUUCGACCGCUCCUGAGACUACAGCAGCGGCCGCCACCUCGAGCUCUGCUGCUGCUGCCGAGACAACGGUUGCCGUAGCUGCUGCUUCUACAUCUGUCAGCUCUGCUGCGUCUGCUGCCACCACUACCGCCAAGUCCUCGUGCUCCAAGAAGCGCAGACACGCUCGUGAUGUGUCUCUGUAA